AUGAAAUUCCUGAUCCUCGCCUGUGUUGCCGCCGUGGCCGUCGCCGCUCCCAGUACAGUUAUGGGGUUCCUUCUGCUGAGUCUAGCGAAGAAGUCGCUGCUCCCCAGACCAGCUAUGGGGCUCCUCGUGCUGACUCCAGCGAAGAGGUCGAGUUCGUGCCAAUCCUCAAGGACGACCGCGUCCACGAGGAACGACGGAACUUUCAACUUCGACUUCGAAGCUGCCAACGGCAUCCGCUUCUCUCAGGCUGGAUCCCCCGACGGUGAUGACGACGCUGUGAUCAAGGCCGGAGAAUACUCAUACACCGCUCCUGACGGCACUGAAGUCAUGUCAAAUAUAUAA